GGUGGGAGACGAGGAGCUGAAGAGGAAGAUAAAAAGACGAAGAGCGAUAGAGGCCGACUCGCGCACUAGACAAGUCAUGGCUGAGACGCACACAACCAGAGCCGACCAUCCCGCCGCAGAUCCCGCGCCCCUUCCCGCUGUUGCCGCCGCCGAUCCCUCGCCGGCGUCGCCGCAAAAAGCCCCCGUCACUCCAGCCGCCGUCGCUGCUGAUUUCACCGCCGCGGCCGCCGCACACCCGACGCCCGUCAGCAAGAAGAGAAGGCGGCGCAACCGCCGCAAUCGGUACGGCAGCACGGUGGCCGACCAGAUCAUGCGGGCGGUGGCGGCCACCAAGGAGCGCCGCGGGCUGUCGGUGGCCGCCAUGAAGAAGAUGCUGUCGGCCAACGGUUACGACGUGACCAGGAACAAUUCGCGCGUUAACCAGACGGUGAAGAGUUUGGUCAGCAAAGGCUCGCUGGUGCAGACCACGGGCAUCGGCGCCUCGGGCUCGUUCCGCUUGGCCAACUCGCACGAAGCCGGUGAAGUCCCCGUAGGGGAAACCGGGGAGAGAGAGCAGCCGCUCAAACAACAGCAGGAGCAGCAGCAGCUGCUCUUGAAGCCGACCGGAGAGGAGAAAAAGGUGACCAAGAAGCGCGAGGCGGCCAAGAAGUUGCUAUCGCAGCGGAAACGCGGCGUCAAGAAGCUGUUCAGGCGCCGGGCCAAAGGCAAGGUGGGUCGGCCGAAGAAGGCGGUGACCCGGGCCCUGAGAAAGUGGAGGUUGAUGAAGAUGAAAAGCGCCAAGCGCCAGGUCGGGACUAAACACACGUUUGGUAGAAACUAAAUCAUCCUCCAGACCUCCAAACCCUCUCUUUAAACGAACACGUACAGACUUUCUCUCUUCCCCCACACACCCCCACCGCCCCCC